CUUGGGCCUCAACAAAAGGCUUUCGAUAUAUUACAGCCGCAGGAAAACUACAACCGGAAGUACCUUUCUGGUGCAACACCGAAGAACUCGGUCAGUCUGCAUCCCGCCACAUAGUCGUUCCACUUGCCCCGUAAAUAGUGUAACUCCGGGUUAGUAGUUUGUUGUCCUCAUACUGCUAUGACCCGAGAGGCGGGCGGAGUUCUUUAUUCAGCCUUUCGGCCGACUUGCUGAUCGCUGAAUGUAUCCAAACCCCAUAGACUUGAAUGGUCCGACUGCCAUGCCAUAUGGACCAAAGUGCAGUAUUGUUUCCAAAGGGUGACUAAUGCAGCUGCAUAAUCCGGCUGAGAAGGUAAGUGUGUAAACUAUGAUUAAGCUCUUUUUCGUCAUUGCUCGGGUACUUAUAUAUGCACUCGGUUGCCGAGAGCUAUAGCUUGCUUUGUAUCCUCGGUAGGUAGGUUAGCUACUAAGUUAAUUCUGGUAAAUAUACACACUAUGGCUGCAUCAUCCGGCUGGCCAGUUACACUGAUGCAUUGCAUUGUCUCUAAAGUCUGAAAGCCGCUGCUGCGCGUUUGCGGUUUUAAAAUCGAGGCAUGCAAACGUGGUUAAUCCUGUUUUAUGUAACGUAUUACCAAUAGAGUGUAACUGCAAUCAGUUGACUGGGAAAGCCAAUAUUUGUCGCAGUAAUAGCAAAGCCAACUAGAGGUCAGAGUACCCAGAAAUGUCACAUAAUUUUUGCAGUUCAUCAUUCUCCUUAAACUGACCAGCAGUUUAUAACCAGAUUGUCAGAAAUGUAUCUCAAAUAUCUGAAACAUUAAAAAGCCACAUCAUUUGGAUUGAGUUUAUUUGAAGUGAAGUUUUCGAUUUCAGAUCGCUGCUCCUGAAAUAUUACUGUUUCACUGUUUCGUCAAUUGCAGCUCCCGUUUGUCGAAUUAGGUGAUCAGUCUCUUAGCAGUUAAUAUUUUUGUAUUGAAAGAAAGGUCUUUAACCUCGCUGAGUUGGCAGUACACAUCUGUCGGCAUUACGAGUGCGGGUGACCUCUGUUGUGUCUUUGAUAAUAUUAUUAUAGAACUACGAAAAAUUUAUAUGUUCUUCAUAUUAUUUAUUUUAUUUAUAUUAUAAAUUAUAUUUAUAUUCUUAAAGUAAUUAUGCAAUUAAUACGUAAUUUUUAUGUGUCAAAAUAUGCUUGUUUAACUACAAAGUAUGUAAGGAAGGCUUAUAUAUGUGAUACUUUUUAGUGGCUGAAUUUAUUCUUCUGUUUAUGCAAGUGAUAUUCUCAGCUGUGAACAGGCCUUCCCCAACCUGUGACGGCCCAGUGAAGCCAGCAGUGAUGCAUAUGGAUAAUGGAGACUGGGGAUGCAUGAUGACUGAUCCAGUUACUCUGAACGUUGGUGGUCACCUGUACACCACCUCACUGUCCACUCUGCAGCGGUACCCCGACUCAAUGCUGGGGGCCAUGUUCCGCGGAGAUUUCCCUUCUGCCCGAGAUGCCCACGGCAACUACUUCAUUGACCGUGACGGACCUCUCUUUCGCUACGUCCUGAACUUUCUGCGUACGUCUGAGCUCACUCUCCCAGUGGACUUCAAAGAGACGGACCUCCUUCGCAAAGAGGCUGAUUUCUACCAGAUUGAGCCUCUCAUCCAGUGUCUAAAUGAUCCCAAACCCCUUCACCCACUGGACACAUUUGAGCAGGUAGUGGAGCUGUCCAGUACACGUAAACUGUCAAAGUACUCCAACCCAGUAGCAGUCAUCAUUACCCAGCUGACCAUUACCACCAAAGUACAUUCCCUUCUGGAGGGUAUUGCCAACAACUUCACCAAGUGGAAUAAGCAUAUGAUGGACACCAGGGACUGCCAAGUGUCUUUCACUUUCGGACCAUGUGACUACCACCAGGAAAUAUCUCUUAGAGUCCAUCUCAUGGACUUCAUUACUAAGCAAGGUUUUGUCAUACGGAAUACUAGGGUGCAUCACAUGAGUGAGCGGGCCAAUGAGAAUACAGUGGAACAUCACUGGACAUUCUGCAGACUUGCCCGCAAGGUUGAGGAUUAAAGGACUAGGCUGACAAUAAAAUAGUACAAAUGUCUGUUCUACUCUAUUUACUGACUUUGUUAAAAAUGCAAUACGGUUUUACAUUCGGUACGACGACACACAUGGAAACCAUUUUAGAAAUCAUCAUACAAGUUCUUGUUUUUUUUUUUUUUUUUUUUUAAGACCCCACGAACACUUCAGUAGAACUUAAAUGUUACAGUAAAUGUUAAGUACUGAAAUGGAAUUAACAGCAAUAACUUUUGUAUGGUUAUCGAAAAACUUUUUAAAAUAAAGCGGUUUUCCGUUCAGUAUGGCUUUUAUAGGCUUUUUUUUAAGUCUAAAUUUUGAUUGUGGUAAUGUUUUGUAUUAAAUGUAUUAGUACUUGUGGCCUUGCCAUAUACUGUGUUAUUGUGAUAAGUCAAUUUAAAAAAUGACCGUGGUAAGGAAUAUAACAGAUAUAUUCCGGUACGAAGUCAGAAGUGUUUUCCUCGGAAUCACCUUUUGUGCUAUAUUUGUUAGAAUAUGAGUUAUGAUAUGCAGAAUUACCUUGAAGUAUGUAGGAAUUGCAAUUUAGUUCUAGUCAGGAUUGUAAAAGUGACUUUUCAUCGAUGGCAGUGGCUGUAACUUUCUGUCCCCUGUAUAGUGCAACAAGAAACUGUCACAUUCUUAUGAACUGAUUGCUCCCAUAUGUUCAUAAUUUCUUAUUUAGAAAGGUACCAAUAAAGGAACAUUUUAUAUAUAAAUAUAGUUGAAUUUGCAAUUGGAUUGUGCAAAAUCACAUGGCUGGAUCUAAAAAUAAACGUGUAGAUCAAUGCAGACUUAUUGGUUCUCGUAUUAUGAACAGUAUCAAAAGUAACACCUGGAAUAUAAAGGCUAUUUUGCCUAUGAAACAGUAUUUUAUAGGUAUCUUAAGCUAUAGUAAGUGGCACGUGUCUCGUGAAAUCUGCGAUUUGUCUGUGUUAAGUAUGUCAAUAAAAAACAUUUUAUGGGUAUAUAAUCGAAGAUACUGAUGUAAUAUUUCAUAUUUGCAAAAAUAGAUAAAUUGUGUGAUGUGACUAUGUUUAACAGAACUCAGAAUUAUCAAAGUAUAUUUUAAUAUUCACAGUUUUUUUUCACUGAAUAUGAACAUACUAGUUUGCAUAUUUAAUGCAGUAUCAAUAAAAAAAAUUGAUGGGCAAAA